AUGAGAGGCAUUGAUGACCUUUUCGAAUGGAGGAAUGCACUAAACGAGUUAAGUGUUUACAAGAAAAGUGUUGGGUUGGAAGAUGAGGUGUUCCGUCAGUUGCAGUUUAGUCAUGAUCGUUUAAAGGAUCCAAAAAUUCAACAAUGUUUCCUCAGUUGUGCGUUAUAUCCUGAAGAUUUCAGCAUCAGAGAGAGAGUUCUUAUUCGAUUUUGGAUUGCAGAAGGACUUGUAGAAGAAAUGGAUAGUAGGCAGGAAGAGUUUGACAGGGGUUGCACAAUAAUGAAUAGAUUCUUGAAUAAUUGUUUGUUAGAAGUUUCUACUCUUAUCAAAUAUGGAAGACAUGUAAAGAUGCAUGAUCUUGAAAGGGAGAUGGCAUUACACAUAACAAGCGUGAAACCUCGAUUCUUCGUAAAAGCUGGCAUGAGAUUAACAAAUCCACCAGAUGAACAAGAGUGGAGCAAGGAUCUGGAGAAGGUUUCAUUGAUGGGGAAUUGGGAGUUAGAAAUUGUGUGUCCCUUGGAAAUGCCACCACCAAAAUGUCCAAUGCUAACGACAUUGUUGUUGUCAGAUUGCGGUAUAAUGAGUAUUCCAGAUGGAUUCUUCAAUCAUAUGCCUAGACUCAAGAUUCUUGAUCUUUCAAAAAAUCCCAUCACGAGUCUGCCCGAUUCGAUAUCAAAUUUGAAGUUUCUCGCUAGGUUAUCACUUUAUCACUGUCUAAAUCUAAAGAAGGUGCCAUCGUUGUCGAAUCUUCAAGUUUUAAAGGAGUUGGUUCUUGAAGCAACAGAUAUCAAGUCUGUCCCUCAUGGGAUGAAAAAUAUGUUGAGUCUCAAGUACCUAAAUCUAAGUUGGAGUUGGAACCUUAUUGUGAUCCCCAAUGGAAUUCUGUCGAGUCUUUCUUGCCUUCAAGAGCUGAUCGUUGGUGAUACGUUGAUAAGAGGAGAAGAGGUUCAUGGAUUGAACAAGUUGGAAUUCCUUGAAGGUCGGUUUUAUGACGUGCACGACUUAAAUAUGUAUGUCCAAGCUUUACAUGAUCGAGAAGAGCCUUGUGAAUACCAGAUUCGUGUAGGCGAAAGAGGAUGGGUGGUGACAUUUAAUUCCAGGAAAUACAUUGAAUUAUGUGGUUGCAAUAUCUAUUCCAAUCAGAGUAUGCUUCCACGCGACAUUAAGGAACUGUAUAUCAAGAACUGCUAUUUUGAUUGUAGUGAAGAACACCUUUUCUCCAGGUUUAUCCAAGUCUCACUCGGCAACUUUUCCUCUCUCAAAUUUCUUCAAAUAUCUGAUUAUCGAAAUGUGAAGAAGUUGUUCUCUCCAAACUGUGUGCCGCUACACUUACAACAGCUUAGAGUUUGGAACUGUGAUGAACUAGAGGAAAUAAUAGCAUCAGAACGUGAAUGUUGGAAAGCGGAAUGGUUACGGUGGAAUUUCGUCUACCAAACUUAA